AUGCAACUAACUCACCUCCUCGCCACCGCAAUCACCCUCACCACCGCCUCAGCCUCCACCGUCCCCCCAACAAACAACAAAUGGGCCCAGCUCCGCCUCUUCGGCAGUCCUGGCUGCGAAGCGAACAAUCUGCUUGAAAUGGGCGUGUACGGGUACCAGAAGAAUCAGUGUCAGAAUAUUGCGCAGUAUGGGACUAUUGAGGCUGUGAAUAUUACUUCGAUAUUUGAUGAGUGUGAAUGUAAGUAA